AUGACCGAGGCAUGUCUUCAAACUGUACCUUCUGACACGACUACUACUACUACCACUACGGUUGGCUUGAUUAUCUUUUUUUUUGAAACUGUAGGUUUCCAGGUAGCCACGGAUACCACGACCACACCGACGUCAACGUCGAGCACUUCUACCGUUUCUACUACGACGUCAUCGUUAGUUCUUCUUAUCACUACAUGUAUUUUAGCUCUCAACGAUGGUUGUUCUACUUUGGGGUUGGGAGUUAUCUGAAAAUUGGCCACAAUAUUCCUUGAUGUGCCAAAUGAAGGUCCCGAAAGUUUCGAUCCGCUUUUCGAGAAAAAAAGGUUGAAAUUCAAAACAAAACCUUUUUAACGACUUUAUUCGAUUUUAAGACCAGUUUUCUUGAAAAAUAGGAAGAUGUGCAGGUUGAAAUUUCUCAGAAUUUUCCCCACCGAAAGUUUAAAUGACGUUCUUUGUUUGGGGAGAAGGAAAAGGGUAAAAAAAAAUGGAAAAAUGGUCCUUAGAUCAACCACGUCAACUUCGACCAGCACUGAAUCUUCCUCAACUAGCACAUCGUUGGUUUUUCUUCCUGGAAAUGGGUUCUGGUGGACUGGGAGCUUUGAUGAAGUUCAAGAAUGUUGUGAAGUCUUUUUCUGGGAAGGGUCUGGGAGUUUCGAACAUCUUGUAUGUUCUACAUUGGGUUGUGGUGGAUUGGGCGGCUUUAAAAGGGUCUGAAAGGGCGAGAACUGUCUUAUAAGGUCUUUUCUAAGUUCCUGAAUAUUCGGAGGGUCUCUUUUUUCGAUGAUUUUUGGGGCUUGGUUCACUUGGAAGGAUAUCGGAAGCACUAUUUCAUUAAAAUCGGCCCUUUUUCUGACUAGGGAACGGUCUCCGGGCGCAGAGGGGCUUCCGAAAAAGACUUCGUUUCCUAGAUUUAGUUUGUCGCUGUGUAUCCAAUUCUGAAGCCGAAAAUGUUAGAUGCGUUAGAUUUGGAGAGUUUUGAGAUCCCCUAGCCUAUUUCACAGGCCUCGAGGGCGUGUUUUGAGAUCAGACCCGGAAUCAACAUGUCUCUCUAAGAUGGAAUUUUUUCAGGUGAUAAAGAUAUGUUUGAAAAUUCUUAGUUGAGAUCAAGAUUUAUCCGCUUUCUGAGGGAUACCUGUUCAUGUCCUUAGCCACAACUUCCAGCUGAAUCUUCAUCUACCACUAUAGUCCGUUCAUCGCGACUUGGAAGGGCGGGACUUCUCUGUUUCCUCUCCGUCUCUCGACGACCCUCUCUUGUUGAAGUGCUAUUUUCAUGAUUCUGACCUUGCCAGUGAGCGAACAAAGAGACGCAGACACGCGAAAACUGCCAAGUCGCGGCGGACGGGCUAUAAGGCUUUUUUCUCCUUGUAAUAAUCAUGCUUAAUUUUCUGCUUCGGGGAUUGGGAUAUUAUGGAACACACUAGUAGCACUUGAAAUAAGAAGUUUACUUUUCUUCUUUGGUCCUCUGUGGAGUGAGUCUUUUCGGGAAGCACUGAUAACGCUAAAAGUUAGUCUUUUAUAGACUUAGCCCGUUUAGAACCUCGACAUCUUCAUCGACCAGCACUUCUUCCACUUCUUCCACUACUUCUACAACGCCGUUUGUUUUUUUUUCUUGGGAGGCUGAAUAAAAAGUAGUGGUGGUAGAUAAAAAUUAUCCUCAAAAGCUCUUGAAGUCUCUUUAUCAGAUCAACCACGUCCACUUCAACCACCACGGCUUCUACUUCUACUUCAACGCCGUUGGUUGUUAUUCCUAAGGGAUUUGGGAGGAGCAUGGGGCUGAAUGGUUGUGGGAAGGGUUGGGCUGUUUUUGGAAAAUGAGAAAUCUGGUAUGGUGGUUGUGGGAAGGCUUUUGUUGGUUUUUUUCUCCUGGAACUUGAUUUUGUAUCAUCCUUGAAGAUGGGCUAGAGUGAAAAAAGGUGUCGGUGAUUAAAGCUCCAUAAAGAACCCAAUUUUUGAUUUCAGAACAUCUACUUCGACGUCUACUGCUUCCACGACAACUACUACGACGGCCAAUUCCGCUUGCUCGGCAAAUACGCUGACGAGAGCGCCUGAUCCAACUAUGGACGAAGUCCCAGCCACUCUUAUGUUUGUUUUUUGAAAGUUUGUUAACAAAUCGUCUCGGACGACUUAGUGGAAGUGUUUCACUAAAAUACGACAGAAUAAAAAGUAUUAAACUGAAGGAAAACGGCGUGAAAACGCCUCAAAGAGCGAUUUACUGAACUGUACACGGCGUUUUUUUGGCGACGGCCAGCCCAUAUUUUUCCCGUAAAGUGUAAUGUAUCGUGUUCAUACACUGCGGCGCUCUGGCGCACGCCAUUUGUUUUUUUCAAAAAAGUUAAAUAAGAAAAUAGCGUUUUUUUAAAGAAAAGAAAUAGAUUCGUCUGGAGACCCAUUGAUGCACCUUUUAUAUUUCCUGUUGCUUACGCGUUUUUCCAUGACGUCACAUGAGAACGGCGGACACUAAGAAUAACUGACGAGAUAAAUGCGAGCUCGGUGGCGGUACAUUGACUAACUCGCAAAAAUGUCGCUUUUUUCUAGGCGCGAUCCCGCAUUUCUCUCGGCGCGACCUCGCAUUUUUCUCGGCGCCAUCUCGCAUUCAUCUUGCAUUUCAGAAAUUUUCAAAUUGCGAGAGAAAUGCGAGCUCGCGCCUUGAAAAAUGCGAGCUCGCGCCCAAACAAAUGCGAAACCGGCGCGAGAAAAAAAGCGAGAUGUUUGCGAGCUCGUCAAUGUACCGCCAGUGUCUCGCGUUUAUCUCGGCAGUUAUUCUUAGUGGAGGUUUUGACCACGCCCCUUAAUUUGUGGUGUUGCAUUUUCUUCCACUAACAAAAACGCCGUGUGUAGACACAUGAAAAAUUAUUGAGAAUGAAAUUACACAAUCGUUUAGAGAAGCCUUAAGUUUUCCAAGUCGCGGCGAAUGGACUAAGUUAAUUCACAAAUUUCCUGGAAAAUCGAGAAAUUUGUUGAAUAAAUUCUGCUCUACACUUGAAAAGUUAAAGUUUCAGGUUUGCUGGUACGAUGGUCAUCGGCUCUUGCCCCUUGCCUGACCCAAAUUGCAUCGCUUCGAUGAGUGUGAGUAAACAUUCGUUGAUAAAAAAUGAUCUAAAAUUUUUUUCCAAACUAUCGAAGCUCAGCCAAAAUUUGGAUCCGAUUUCGAAUAAAAUCACUCAGAUCAGAAGCUUGAAAUAGUUUGUCAACUUGUUUCCGAGCUUGUAGUUUGACAGUACAUAGGAGUUAGGAACUUUCAUUUUUUGAGGCUCAAACUUCAAACCUGUGAACUCUUGAGAAGGGAUAAAGGUAGUGGUUGAAGCUCAGAAGCUAGAACAGUUGGUUUAACCUGAUUUGGUACGUUUUCGAGAAGGUUUUGAAUUUUCGCAGCCUUUAUAACUUGGAGUUGAAAGUUUUCAAUUUUAAAGAUCAAAUUUCGGAACAAUGAGCUCUUGAAAAGGAGUAUAGUCCGUUCAUCGCGACUUGGAAGGGCUGGACAUCUCUACGCCCUCCUUAUCUCUCUACGUCUCUCUCAUGUUUGCGCGCUAUUUCCAUACUUCUCUGACCUCGCCGGCGAGUGAACAGAGAAAGACACGCGAAAACUGUCAAGUCGCGGCGGACGGACUAUAUAGGAAAAUGAUAAAAAAAAAAGCAUUUUUUGCCAAAUUUAAGGUUUACGACGCAGCUGGAAACCAAUUUUCUCCAGACCCGCUUCCGUUCACUUUUGUUUGUGAUAAUGGUCAAAUUCUCUACAAUGGAAUGUGAGUUUUAUCAUUCAAAAUUGAAAUAAAAUCCGAAUUUCAGCGCAGCCGUUGGCAUUUUCUGCGUCUUUUUCUGCUGA